GUCAGAUAUAAAUGUGGUCCUUCUUUUCAGGAGGUGACUGGAGAAGGAGGGACAGCGAGAGCACAUCUAUGUGUACUGUCCAGAAGAUGCCUUUGUAGCAUUAUAUGCAUGAAGCAAUACAUUUGGGAAGAUAUUUAAAGUCAAAAUUGUGAGGAAACUUGAUUUCCUUUUUUCUGUCUGGAUUACACAGAAACAAAAAUACAAUCCCUCUUUUUUUUUUUUCCCCAAACAGUAGACAUUGCUGUGUUAAGGUCCAACGCUCAGUGAUGUGGGUGUGUGUUAUAGUACCCGUGUGCCUGGGUGUGCUCUGUACUCUGUGUGGUGGAGACCCUGCCCUGGAUCACCACCGUCACAGCAACAGCAACAGCAACAGCAACAGCAAAAACAACAGCAGCAGCAGUAGCAGCAGCAACAACAAAAUACGAUCUUCACCGGAGACAUUUGGUCAUCUACACCAGGUGUCCUGUAAGAGGGACAGCGACUGCACCGCUCUGCAUUACUGCGAGCACUUGUCCACGCCGUCUGUAUGUGCCGCAUGCCGAACGGAGCGGGGUCGCUGCCAUGGCGACAGCGCAUGCUGCUCGGGUCUCCAGUGCAUCAACGAUCAGUGUAAGCGAACAAGGAAUAAGAAAAAAAAUCCCAACAUGAACAGACCGCCUGCAUCAAGUGAAAAAAUCAAAAGAAAGAAAAACUUUCAGGAGAUGGAGAACUGCGUGCGGUCCAGGGAUUGCGCAGAGGGCCUGUGCUGCGGACGCUACCUUACCAGCAAGAAGUGUUUGCGUAUCCCUAGCGAAGGGGAGGCGUGCUCCCUGCCUGGGCACUCCAAAGGGCGCAGGGCGGUCGAGUACUGCAGUUGCGCAACGGGGCUGUCCUGCCACGCCCAGGAGCCCAUCUCGAGCCGCAACGGGGUUUGCCGACCUAGCUCCGGACGUAAAGACGACGAACAACCGACCCCCCAGCAAGGCCAAGACGGCCUCCUGGAAUGAGGAAACACAAAACCGUACCUUUACACUGUUGAAUCAAGAACUGCCCCUUUAUACAAGAGAGCACACGUGCCACUGGUGCUCUGCUACAACACUGACUGAUAAAUGCCUUUUCUCAACUGUUUUCAUGUUAGUACAGCCUAUCUAUGUCUACUUUUGAAGUCUAGUUUGUUUUGGAGUCAGUGUUCAGUCACUGCCUAUAAAGUACAAAAUGGUGUCAGUAUAGAUAGAAAACUGUCCUGUUCUUUUUUCUUCCUCUUAUGCCC